AUGCCCACGCCAACGCUCAACCUGGGCAGUAUCACAGGAUCGUCGUCGGUGUCGAUUCUGGAUCGCUCGCUCUCGUCUUCAUCCCUUCGCACUUCGCCGUCACCCGGUCGGAUGCGGCAGAAAAGCUUUGGUCGCCAACCAGCCCGAGUUGCUGCCGCGCCCGUCUCGCCAACUCGCCCACCAUCGAUUGUAACUCGUUCCGAAGACUUGUCGAGCGUGGCGCUCAGCAACGACGACGGUGAGGUCACACUGGGAGUCCAUCAAGAGAUGGCGAGCGACCUUCCAACAGCAGAGGACGACGUCGACCACGAGGAAGAGAAGGGGAAGCUGCGGGCUGAGAUCGAAGAUCUGCAGCAGGAGUUGCGAGACCUCCGAGACGCCAGCGAGAAGAACGAUGAGACUUGGCAGCGCGACAAUGCUCGGCUAAAGGAGCAGCUCAAAGCUGCAAGCGCGCGUGAAGCGACCCAAGAGGAGCAGCUCCGGGCCCGUGACGACCAGCUCGCAAUCUGCCGUCAAGAGCUGCGCGAGCUUCAAGAGCACCAGCUGAAGCUCGAGCAAGACCAGAGGACGCCUCCAGUACCUCUUCCCGUCGAGGACGCUGGCAAUUCGGGGCUUGGACGAGAGCGCGAUCUACUUAAACUCGUCGUGAAGUUGUGUCGACGCUUGUCGCCAGCGUCGCGGGCCAAUUCACCGCCGAAAUCCACCGACGUCGGCCACACCGAAAGUCUCCACGAACUGCUGUUCGGGGCAAGUCGCUCACCUCGACCUCCGUCCCCGACGUCCAUCCGCUUCAACUCGAUGGGCUCGCGAACUCCACACAAGUGA